AUGUUAUUCGGUAGACCAAUCUACACAAUAGUAAUGAAUAAACGUCGAACGACUUACGAUGAACAUUUUCGAAAUAAUCAUCAUUCUUCAAACAAUAAUAAUAAUGAUGAUGAUGAUGAUCAUCAUCGGCAUUAUAAUAGAAAUUCUAUUGAGAAUAGAAGAAAUAAUUCUGAGGAUCAAAUUAAAAUAAAUGAUAUACAUUCAUCUCGUGACCAAAAGCGAGGUGUAGUAUUGGAUAUUGAUAUGCGUGAUGCAGACAGUGCAGAAACCAUGUUGGAUGAUGAUGUGACAUAUGAGAAAGAGGUUGAUAUGAGUGAAUUAUGGGUUGAACAAGGUAUUCAUACAAUUGAAUAUUUUCUUAGCUGUAUUUCCCAUACAGCAUCUUAUCUACGAUUAUGGGCAUUGUCUUUAGCACAUGCACAAUUAUCGGAAGUAUUAUGGCAUAUGGUGUUAUAUAAUGGUUUAGUAAUGCCGGGUUUUAUCGGAUCAGUAGCUACAUACGUUGUAUUUAUACCAUGGGCUGUAUUAACUGUAUUUAUAUUAUUAUUAAUGGAAGGUUUAUCAGCAUUUCUUCAUGCACUUCGAUUACAUUGGGUUGAGUUUCAAUCAAAAUUUUAUAAAGGUGAAGGUUAUCCGUUUGUUCCAUUUUCAUUUCGAUUAAUGGAAGAUCAAUUAACCGAUUAA